AUGGAAAGUUCACUGCUAGACUUGCUGGUCCUUCUUCUUGAUAAAAUAUCAUUGGUCACCAGCUUUAAGCUCUUCAGCAUGCCAGAGCAGGCUCUGGAAGAUACUGUUUACCGGGAUACAUCCUUUUUUAAACGAGGAGACCUGUUAGAGGUCCCUAGGACUCUAUUUAUUCACUAUGGGAUCUAUUUGGGAAAUAACAAGGUAGCCCAUCUGAUGCCUGAUAUCCUCCCUGCUAUUUCAGACGACAAGUGUCAAAUCGAGAAAGUCGUCACCAACAAAAGGCUGAUCCUUGGCGUCCUGGCUAAGCUGGCCAGUAUAAGAGUGGACACUGUGCAGGACUUUGCCUAUGGUGGAAGUAUAAUAGUUAAUCACAUGGAUAAAAGUUUCAAGACAAAACCGCUUUCUAAUGAAGAAGUGGCUCAGAGGGCUGAGAAACUGAUGGGAGCCAAAUCUUACAGCCUGCUGUGGGAUAACUGCGAGCACUUUGUCACUUAUUGCAGAUAUGGGUUUCCUGUGAGCUUUCAGACGGAUAAGUUUUGUGAGAUUGUCAAGAAGAUUAUCAGAGAUCAGAGGAGUUUGUUAGUUUCUGCAGCUUCAGGACUUGUGUUAGUGCUAUGUCUGGGACUGGAGCCUUCAACAACCCUGCCUUGCCUCCUUAUCACUUUCACCCUGUGGAUCGCAAGCUAGAAGCAGUGUGACCCUCUAACUGUAAAUAGUGUAAUUAUAAUGUAUAUAUUAA